CUAUAAAUUUUCAGUACUGCCAGUAAAAACGGAACACAGCCUGUGUUGCACUGUUCAAUGUAGUUUACGCGUCCAUUAUCCAUGUGAGUUGUGUAGGAAAAAAAAAUUUCUUGUUUCUCCAAAGUCUUAUUCUGCUUUGCAGAGAAGAUAUUUAUAAAACAAAAGACGGAAAUUUAACAAAGAGAGUUAAAUUAUAGAACAACAAAACUAUUCGUUUUCGCGUUUAGUGAUUUAGGUUAGGAAUUUAUAGAGCAAUUUUAUUUCGCAUUACGCAAAAAAUGGCAGAGAAUUUUGGAAGAGAAACACCACCGAUUUACAACGAAGAAAUCAAGACUGCAGGACAACCAUUGUCAGAUUUCCUUUUGCAGUUGGAGGAUUAUACACCCACGGUACCUGAUGCCAUCACUGAGCAUUACUUGCAUACAGCUGGUUUCAACACUACUGAUCCUAGAAUAGUACGCCUAGUAUCCUUAGCAGCACAAAAGUUUAUCUCAGAAAUUGCUAACGAUGCACUGCAGCAUUGUAAAACACGUGGUGCCAAUCAAAAUACAAAGACAAAGGGAAAAGACCGCCGUUAUACUCUGACUAUGGAAGAUUUGACACCAGCGGUUGCAGAAUAUGGCAUAAUAGUGAAGAAACCACAUUAUUUUGUUUAAUUGGGAAAACUAUUCAAUGCGUUCACUUCAUUAAAUCACAUAACAUGUAACUGCAUUUUUGGACAAAAGUUUCAUAGGAAUCAAUAUUGUAUGUUGUAUAAAAAAAAAAGGCUAUAAAAAGGAAAAAGCUUUAUGUUGUCAUAUAUAUUAAUUUAAAUAUAUUUGGAACAUUCUAUAUUAUUAAAAACAAUAUUAUUGCAGUAUAAAUGAUAUAUACAUCUUAUUAUGUUAUAGUAUCCUUUUAGAAUAAGAACGUGGAAAAUAUGUAUAUUUAAUAUAAUUAAAAUUGCAUACUGUGUCUGUGUUUUAAUAUUUA